CGAGUCUGUCAGAGCAACUUGACAGAUGAUGUGGCCUAAUGUUUGAUUCUUGAGAAAUUUUAUGAAUUCCAUAGUUUAAUACUUUAUUAAAUAAAAUGCAAAUAUGAUCGUUUUCCAAUUUUAUGUGUUUAUGUUACUUGUAUCUUUAUUUCAAUGUAGACUACCAGAUAAAGUUUUAUGUGUAAAUGAAAAAUGUAGCGAGCCCAUAUCGAAAGCUAAAACACUUCUAACAUAUAAUAGCGGCGACCCAGAUCUUAUGUCAUUUCGAGCUAAUUCAGAUGCUUUAGUGUAUAUGAAAUCAGCUGGUAGCAAUCCCGAUUUGUGGUACGCGAAAAUUAAUGGUAAAACGGGAUUCGUAAGCUCGAGGUUUUUAAGAGAAUCAAAAAUUAUUGAAAGAAAUCCAACAUAUUUAGUACCGAUUGAGAAAAAUGUUAAAGAAGAUCUCCAACCAGAUAAAGUGCAACAACCACAUGAAGUAUUUGAAGGGACAACCAUUUUUACAACAGAAGCUACAAGUAAUCAAGAGGAAAGUAUUACAGAACAACCUGUACAUGCAACCCCAGAAAAUAUACUUCCAUUAAGUGCAGUUGAAACACAAAGUAUUGAUAGUGAAAAUAAUAAUGAUAACAAUAAUGACUCAAUCCCAGCUGAAAAUGAUAGUACUGUUUCCGAUUCUGUUAAUACUGAAACAGUCACAGUUGUAGAUAACAAUCCAGAUCUGCAGACUGAUCAAGAAAAUUCUGCAAGUAAUAAUGACAAUAAAAUAAUAGAAAAUAUAGAUCCUAAUGUACAACUAAAUAGCAAUUCUGUAGAAAAUAUGUUACUGAAUUCUGAUACUCAAGGUAGUACUGCAGAAGGUGUAGAUGUCAGUAAUGAAAUAACUACAGAAACUAUUGAUACUGUUAAUAUAGAGACCGAAGAAAACCCUGAAUCUGCUAACAUAAGCACAGAAAUACCUGAAAUAGUUCCAUCAAGUCAGGAGCCUGAAGCUCCGAGUACAAGCAGUCCAUCAAAUAAUGCUAACAUAGAGCAAGCAGAACAAAAUUAUGAUAAUUUCAGUUCAGAAACGUUGAAUACCGUUACUGAAAAUUUCCCCUCGCAAGAACAUGAAAGAGAGUCAAAUGAAAACAUAUUAACUGAUGCCAAUACUGAAAUACCAGUAGAAGAUAUUCCACAAACUUUACCUUCGAAAGAUAUACCAGAACACAUUGAACAAAACAUCCCUUCUGCAAAUACCGAAAACAUAGAAAUUAACUCACCAGAAACUAAAGAAGAUAAUCUGCCGUUAGACAGUCACAUUGAAUCAACCGAGAAGCCUCCUGAAACUGAAAUUCCUUCUAACAUAGAUAACUUUAAUAAUGUUCCUCAACAAGAUAUUCUGAAUAAUCAACAAUAUGCACAACCUUCUAUACCAUCAAAUUUAGGUACAAUACCUGCUGCCACAAUUGAAGCUAUUCAUACAUCAGAUACUGCAGAAGUUGAUUACACAACCCCACCAAAUAUUCCAACUACAGUAGAAACAACUGAACAAACUAAUAUUCCAACCGAUGAAGUUAUAUCAACUUCUUCAUCGGAGAAUUCAGAUAGUACCACAGAAUCAAAUACACCUCCAACUGAAAGUGCACCUCCAAUUACAAUUGAAGAUCUGUACUCAAUGUCAACUGAAAGUCCAGAACUAAAUAAUGACAAUGCUGAAAGUAUCAUAUCAGAUAUGUACUCAACAGUAGCAAGUUUAUGGCCAACAACAACCGAGACUCCUCCACAUUAUGAAAGCUUAUUUAAUCCAGAAAAUCCUCAACCGGAGACAGAAAAGGAGUUUUCUAUAAUGAAAUACAUAAUUACUACUUAUAAUAAUGUUAUGGGGAUUAAUGAACAAACAAAGGCGAUAUUUGCUACUGCAGGUGAAACAUGUUAUACCGAUGAAUAUUGUGAUGGUGAAAGUUUCAGUCAGAAACACAGAUUGUUAACAUUCCUUUUAACUACCGCUGGCGCUGUCCUCUUAUUUACUCUAGGAUUUUAUUAUAUUGAGAAUAAAAGGCAAGAUGGAAAACUUAUUGGUACAAUUAAUUCACUACAAAGAGAUCUCUUAUUUAGCACAAAGGAGUGCGAGAUCCUUAAAGAGGAACUUGCUACUACAAAGAAUAAGUUAACUGGUAUCGAAGACAAUUCCUUCGGUAUGGACGAUAUGGUGAAAUCAUUAAAAGAAGAGAUUAAUGAACUGAAGGCACAAAACGAUAGAUUACGAAAUUCUUUAGACGACAAUGAGAAACUGCUUCGAGUGUCGGAGAAUACUGCCGGAGAGUUACAGAAUACUUUGGGUGAAGUUGAAAAUACUUUAAGUGAGCUUUUAGCUGAGAGAGAUCAUGCUGAAGAACAAAUUACAGAGCUAAAUGGAAAGAUUCAAGCAUUUGAAGAAGAAUUAAUAUCAGUGAGUAGAGAAAGGGACAAUUUCCAAUUAAAAUUUGUCUCAGCUGAAACAUCACUUGAAGAAUACAAAAAACAAAAGAAACAGUUUGAAGAAAUGAAUAAGAAAUUGUCAGAUGCUAACAACACUAUUGAAUUACAGAAUCAUGAAAUUGAAGCUCUCAAGGAUGCUAUAAAAGAGCUUAAGAGUGGAACAUCUUCAGACGUGGACGCUGCCACAUUGAUAGACCACACAGAGAUAAAAGCAAAGUUAUCUAAAGCAUUGGAGGAAAGACAGUCAUACUUGAGUAAAUAUGAGAUAGAACAUAAUGAGAGGGUUCGUCUUGCAGAGGAGUUGAAGACGACUCAGGAGUCUUACAGCACAUCCAGUCAGCAAGCUUCUGAGGCCCUCACCAGGCUGGAGGUGCUCGGCAAAUACUUCCAGGAGCGGGAAAGUGAAUUAAUGAAGGAAUUAAGUGCCAAAGAAUCAUUAUGGUUGAGCAAACAAGGCGAGUCCGCAAGCACCGUGGAGAAAAUUGAACUUCUUCAACAGGAGUUACAAAGGUUUAAAGAGAGAUGCGACGCGCUGACGCUGGAGUUGGCGGAGGCGGAGUCCAAGUUCGGGAUCCGGAUGUUCUUCGGAAUCGGAUAA